CGUGAACGACAUGUCGACAGUCAGCCUCUAAAGUGUUUUCUCGGUCGUUCCUUAAUUCUUUGGCGGCGGACUGAGUGAGUAUUACCCGCAUCCCUGCUCUGCUAAUCGUCGCCGUGUGGAUCAGAGAGGCUGGUGUUGGAGAGAGAGAGACAGACAAUGAGGAAUGCAAUUGGAUUGCGUUACUCUGCCAAGGAUUUUCAUACAUAGCCUGUGCGAUGAAGGGCUGAUGCUGGGCUCUAGCCCCAGGCUGUGGAGCUGAAAGGGAGAAGCAGUAGGAUGCAGUGGGUCACUCUGGCAGUGGCCCUGGGGUGUGUGUAUCUGUCCCAGGCGUCGCACACCCCCACCCCUACCCCCACCUCCACGCACACGCCUCUGGUCGACAACUCCGAGGAGGAAGUGGACGAGCCGUGCUUCGAGCCGUGCACGUGCGAGGUCAAAGAAGGCGUGCUGCACGUGCACUGUGACGGGCGGGGCUUCACCAACGCCAGCCAGGUGUCACAGUCAUGGGUCCGCCCUUUCAAACUCAACCUCCAAAGGAACUCUCUGAGACGUCUCUAUAGCAACGGAUUUCAGCACCUUGGCAACGCGGUGUCGUUAAACCUUGGCAACAAUGCACUCCAGGACAUCCGAGUGGGAGCGUUUCACGGGCUGGCGAAACUGAGGCGCCUGUACCUGCACGAAAACAAGCUGGAAGUCUUCAGAAAUGACACAUUCGCCGGUUUAGAGGCUCUGGAAUACCUCCAGGCUGACUACAACGUGAUCAAACGGAUUGACAGCGGUGCUCUGAGGUUUCUUUACAAGCUCCGUGUUCUCAUCCUGAAUGACAACCUGAUCCCUGUCUUGCCUGCUCAUCUUUUCAGAUCUGUGUCUCUGACUCAUUUGGACCUGCGGGGAAACCGUCUGAAGAGCCUGGCAUAUGCCGGUACCCUGGAGUACGUUGGCCGUUCCCUGAUGGAGUUACAGCUGGAGGAAAACCCCUGGAACUGUGGCUGCGAGGCAGUGCAGCUCCAGCAGUGGCUGGGCCAGAUCCCCUACACAGCUGUUGUCGGGGACGUUACCUGUGAAUACCCCUUCCACCUUCACGGCAAGGACCUGAGGGAAAUCCCCCGCAAAGAGCUGUGCGCCGACCUGCCGGAUAAAGAGCUGCAAGGAGAGCGGAGCGGCUCGUCGGCCGGGCUGCCGCCCCAGCACCAGCCCCCUAACUCUAAAUCCAACUCGCACCACGGGCGAGUCCGGCCCACCAAGCCGUCCUCCAUGGUGCACGGCUCCCGCCAGAACACUCACACGUCCUCCACUUCCUCAUCGUCUUCCUCAGCCGAGCGUAAAGACAGGGAGAGGCACCCGAGGCCGACUAAAAGGCCACGACCCUCUAGAACAUCCCCCACAUCUCGCAGCUUGAUGCCCAACCAGAACCCCCCCGUGGCCGGGUACCAAACACGACCCCCCAUCCCCAUCAUCUGCCCCCUGGGCUGCACUUGCAACCUGCACAUCACGGACCUGGGCCUCACCGUCAACUGCAAAGAGAACGGCUUCGUCAACGUGUCCCAGCUCACCCCUCGGCCCCUGAACGGCCGCAAGCUCUACCUGAGCGGGAAUUUAAUCCAGAGGAUCUACCGCACCGACUUCUGGAAUUUCUCCAGCCUCGACCUGCUUCACCUGGGAAACAACCGCAUCUCGUACCUGCAGGAGGGGGCCUUUUCCAGCCUGGUCAGCCUGCGGAGCCUCUACCUGAACGGAAACAAUCUGGAGAGGCUCAGCCCCCACAUGUUCCUGGGCCUGCAGAAUCUUAGGUACCUUUAUUUUGAGUACAACGAAAUCCGCGAGGUGGAUCCUGGCACCUUCGACUCCAUGCCAUCCCUCCAAUUGUUGUUUCUCAAUGCCAACCUGUUGCGGAGCCUCCCUCUCGGCGUGUUCUCCAGAGUCAACCUGGCUCGACUCAACCUCAGAAACAAUCACCUCCUGCAGCUUCCUAUGGAGGGAGUGCUGGAACAUCUGAAAGGACUGGUGCAGGUGGACCUGCAGCAGAACCCGUGGGAGUGCAACUGUGAGGCAGCUCCACUGAAGCGGUGGCUGGAGGGGCUCAGCGCCGUGGUGGUGGUGGGAGAGGUGGUGUGUCACUCCCCGGAAAAGACCAAAGGCAUCGACCUGCGCUCCCUCUCCAUGGAGCUGCUCUGCCCCGAGCUGGAGCCCCCGGAGGAGCCGGAGCGGGAGGUGCAGACGUCGACGUCCACGGCUGCAGACAGAGGCGUGUCGGUGGGCUACCCCGGCUCCGGGGUGGGGCCGCUCGUCCCACCGGGGAUAGAUUCCAUCCCUCUGUCGGUGUUAGUGCUCAGCUUGCUGGUGUUGUUUGUGUCUGCGUUCUUUGCGGCAGCGGCACUAAUUGCCUACGCCCUGAGGAGGAGGGACAAGCUGCCGUUCCGUCGCCAGGGAGAGGUAGACUUGGCUGGCAUCCAGAUGGAGUGUGGACUGUUUACCGAGCAGACGCACCACCACCAUCACCACGGCCUCCCGGAGAAGCCACCCUUACCGCCGCCCGAGCACAACCACGUCUACGACACCAUACUGCCCCCGGAGGCGGCGUCUAAAGGCCCCGAGUCCGCCGGCGCCUCGCAAAUGUGUAGCAACCCCAUAUACAAAGAGGAGCAGGACGCGGCUGUGAAGCAGCGGCAGCCGCAGCAGCAGCCGCAGACAUUUGCGGCAUCGAAAGAGUGCGAGGGGGGAUACUGCCCCGCAGCAGAAAAAGAGAGGGAGUGGGCUCUGGAGGUGUCCUCGUCACCCAUCAACACUGUCACGGGAGCGAUGGGACCGCUCCCCGGUCUCCACGGGAACGGCAUCCUGUGUCCCACAGUCAUCGACAGCCAGGGCCCCACUCCCAAGGUGGAGCUGGUGGACUGUCUCUUCAGACUCGCCACCCCGGACUUCCGAGAUCUCCCAGAGAGGUACGCGCGGCCCCCGCCCCGAUACCCCCACAGCCAAGACUCCAAACAGGAAGCCAGGCCCGACCAAAUGCUCGUGGUCACCACCACCACCAGCUCCUCGGCGGGCGGUGUCCAGAGCGAGCAGGGAGGCGUUGAGCAGAGACUGAGGACCACGCCAGACUACAUGGAAGUGCUGGACCGCUCUUACCAGUUUUAACACGCCUCCUCCUCCUGCUACUCUUCUUCUCUCGUCUCUUCAUCAUCUCCCUCAGCGGGGAUGAAUCAUACCAGUAAGAACGACUCCUGUACAGAGGUUGAGCGGGACUGUACUACGCACUGUGUUUAUUCCUGGAGCUGAGGUCAGUUUUUGUAUUUUCCCCACUACUGGCAUAUAGGUUGGUAUUUGGCAAGGAUUGGCUGAUUUCAGAUCUUUUGCCUGGAGGAUAUAACUUCAUCUGCAGUUACCACAGUAUUUUAAUUUUUUUUUUUCCUCCCCAGUCCUAAAGCACGGAGGCUCAGUCUUUCUACUCGGCGCCACAAUUAGCAGGAUACAGCAUUGGCGGUGGGCGUUAAUGUUCGCGUUAUUGUUCUCAAAAGACCUGCGUAGAGGUGAAACGCAUCGGCUCUGUGCGACAUCCAACACAGAGUCAUGAAUGUUGAAAAAGGCAUGGAGCGAGCUGGCCGUGCACCUAAGAUGGAGACAGACGAAGCAAGAAAACGAGAAAAAAAAAUACAUGGAAAUAGCCAAGUGCCUUAGCAACGAACAGCCAGCAGUGUGGUCAAUGCUUAUUUUUCUAUGAAUACAGAUCUAUUUAUCUAAACAAAGAGGUUUGACUACCAGUGGACGGGGCGUUGAUGGACGACCGAGAAAGAAAAGUAAAUCAAAAAAACAAAAAAAACAAUCAGAACCUGAAGAGUAAUUGCAUUCCCUUGGAUGAGCCAAAAAUAAUAAUGCACCCAAUCAAUACUGGAGUUGUCUGCAGUUCUGCUCAUUUUCCUCAUCUCCUCCAGUUAACUUGAUUUCCUUAUCCAGAUGAAUUUUUCACAGGCUCGCGACGCUGAGUGAACUUCCAAGAAGGUUCCAUUUCUACGGAUAAGAGGAUUUAGUAAUUCAAUUUUUUUCCUGUUCUUCUUUUUGGCGACGUAAGAAACAACAAAACGAUGGAAGCCGGUUGAAAGAAGGACACUUUGGGAUUGGAUGCAUUUUGAAUUUAUUUUUUUCUUUCUUUUUUUUUUAAUAAUUCAGACUUAAAGGAGCCACAAGGACCUCUGCUUUCACAUUUUCUUUCAUCGUACAAGAGACAGAGGUUAUUGUAUUGAUUUUUAAAUACUUCUCAGAGGAAAACUGAACAGCAAAAAAAAAAAAAAAAAUAAAACCAACUGUCAAAAAAAAAGAUAAAAUAAAUAACUGGACAUAAAUGCCUUUCUUUUGUUCAAAAAAGAGAAGAAACAAAAAAAAACAGACACUUCUAUCAACUGGUUAAUAUCUUUUACGGAGGUACCUUUUUAUGCUUUUAUCUCCUACCAAUAGUAGAGGCUGUUGUGAAUAUAUUUAUUCUUAGUUUUUGCGUGUUGAAGCUCUCUCUCUCUGUAAGGGAUCAUGUUAUAUUGGUGUAUAGGAUGAUUCUGCAUCUGGUUCAGCCUUCUUACCACCGACCCACGAAAU